AUGACGAGAGGAAAGGGAGUUGGAGUCCGUGCUGACCGAGGCGUGAAUGGAUUGAAUGGAAUACCAAGCUUCGUGAUUCGUGAUCCACAAAACUUUCAUGCAGCAACACCUCAAGAUCAACUAGUUGAGCUGCGACAAUGUCUCAAGGCACUGCCACCGGACAUUCCUGUUCCACCGGCAACAGAAUCCAAGUACAAGUUCUCCGACUUCAGCCCAGAUGCUGAAUGGACUAUAGACAUUGGCGAGGCUGGUGCUGUCAACCGAGAGUUAGAAGUUAUUCUUUCGACGGUGAAGAUUUCGAUGCUGCCAGUAUCAUCAAUCUCAAUUCCAGGAAACUAG